UCCCCCCUUUUAAACAAAGUAAACAAACCACUGGAUUGAUUAAAUAGCACCUGACUUGCCCCAGAGAAGUAAUGGCGACCUUACAAGCAGAGCGACCGUCCACUACACGCCAUCCUCCCAGACCCAGUGCUCCUCCCAGAGCUGCCGUUAGUGUAACAGAAGUAUCCACUGAAGAACUGAUAGCAACCAGACUAGCCCUGGGCCAGAGCUACUUCGAUAAAGCCAAGCAAUACAUAGCGGAUGCGCUUGGUGAGGAUGAGAGUGGUUGUAGAAUGGAGGCGCUGGACUUGUACAACAAGAGCCUCACUUAUCUACGGUCGGGUGUGGCCAGUCUCAGGACCAGUCUCGGAGAUAGUCUCACCACAAUGGCCCUCAACGAACUCAAGGGAAAGAUGGAGAGAAUGAAGAAUUCAAUAAAAUCACGGAUGGAAGUACUUUUGGAACAGGAGAUUGAGGAGAGAGCGCAAACCAAAGCCAGCGCUGUAACCACCCAAACUGGUCAAACCGGUCAGACGAGUACAACUGCCGAGGCUAGCGGCAGUAGGGAGGAAACAAAGGCCGACAUGUUGUUCAACACUGACAAUGGUAUAGCCCUAUUUGAAGUGGACAGUCGUGAUCAUGUGAGACGGUACGAGGACGCAGAUGCUCUGAGUGUGUUCAAGUACCGAGAGAAGAUUGAGGGACAGCCCCCUGCAUUCCUGCAAUGUGGGGGGUUCGUGUACCCCCUGGUGAGAGGGAAAUCCCCCAUCCUCAAGUCUGGGGAGAGGAUGUACAUGUUCCCUGAGCUGAGAGGAGAAGAUGGCACAGUGCUAGGUGUGAUUCUGGACUCGGCUUCAGAAGAGGAAAUUGCACAAUUUGACUCACUACUAUCUGAACUAGGUACGCUAAAGGUCAAGGAGACCUCAGAAGAAAAAGGGGGGCAGGAAGUGGGUAUGUCUGAAGGGGCGGAGUCUCAAUGGGGAAGCACGGUCGCUGGAAAAAUUGACAAAGGUGUUAGCUGGGUUUCUAUUAAGAUAGCCCAGGGCACUGAGGCUGCUGGCAAUCUCAUCUCCAAGGGUGCCAACAAACUUCGUGAAAAAAUCGAACCAAAUGAAAAGCCGACAGAAAUUCCUGAGUCAGUCCAGAAAGGUGUUCAUUACACACGCAAGGCUACUGGCUAUGUGGUCGGUGUUAGUGAUUAUCUGAUGGUAUCUCUGGCUAAACUGACAGUGAAGGUUGGCAGGGAGGCUGGUAAAGUCGUGGCCAACUCUGAUAUGGUUAAGAACGCAGACAUCCACCCUCAGGCUAAAGAGGCCUGGAAGGUCACUAAGUCCGGCCUCAAAGGAGCAGCAUCGAUGUUUGUUGAUUUAGAGCAAGGUGCAGUGGCUGUAGUGAAGUCCGUGGGACAGGAGACCUCUCAAACCGUGGGGCACAAGUACGGAGAAGAUGCUGGUCAUGUGACUAAGGACUCAAUGGCUGCUGCCUCUGACGCUGCAAUACUAGCCGGGACGUACUGGAGCUGGAAGACAUGGGGCAUUCGUUUCGUAGGCAAAGUCGGUGAAGUAAUGGCCAAAGAAUCGCGAGAAAAGAAAGACAAACUUCAAAACAGCAAAUAGACAGUUUAAUUAUGUAAUUAUUAUCAAGAACAUUAGACCUGCGUUAAUUGUUAUUAAUUUGCCUCUGUGCAUUUUUUAUCUCUCUUCAAAAACAGUC